AUGGCUUUCCACGCAAAGAGGCUCUCUGGGGGUCUCUUUCGCUUCUCAGCUGCAGCAGCAGCAGCAGGAGGGCCCUUGAGGCUGGGGGUGCAGUCGCAGCAAGUGUGCCAUGGGCCUGCAGCAGCUGCAGCAGCGCCUGCAGCAGCUGCAGCAGUACCAACAGCAGCAGCAGCAGCAGCGCCGGCUGGCGAAGGCUUUCCACGGCCUCCAGCUCGAGCCCAAGCAUCUUUCAGGGUACUUUCCUUCUGUGCACACCGACUGAGGGCUCUUGCUGCACCGGGGAUGCCAGCGCUAGCCAGCAGCAGCAGGAUGGGCGGCAGCAGCCUCAGCAGCAGCAACAGCAACUGCUGCUGCUGCUGCUGCUGCUGCGGGUCUGUGCGUCAGUUUGCUUCGCGCCGCAGCCGCCGCAUGACUUCAUUUUGGGACCGCGAGUUUUUGGCCCACGACCUGGAGACAGAAAUUGAGAAGGUGGAAGAGGCGGAGCAGCAACACGCAGCCUUGACAGGCCGUCGUCCGCCGUCUCUGUGGGAUUCAGAAGAAGUCAAGGAAGAGUUCGCCCGCUCUGUGGGCCGCCGCAGAGCCCCCGCGCGCCCCACCCACCUGGAGGAGCCGCAGACGCCGGCGAGUGAAGCUGCUGCUGCUGCCGCUGCUGCUGCUGCUGCUGCUGAGGAGGAGGACAGAGGGGAGCCCUCGAUGGACUUUCCGGAGAAGAAGGACCCCACUGCGGGGCUUUUUGACUAUUCGUGUCUCCGCGGAAAAAGCGAAUACCGCGAACUGACCCACGAAGAGGCCGCGCGCAUGCACGAGGCUUACCAGCAAAAGCUGCUGCUGGACCGAAGAGUCCGUUGGCUCAAGUCCAGGGCGCUCCCCGACCCCGACAGAGACGCCGCCGCCAUUCUCAAGGCCCACGCGCAAGACCAGACCGAAGACGCCCUCAUCGAGUCGCUGGGCCUGGGCGACGGCGUGAGAGCAGCGCGACACCUCGUGAGGAUGGAAGCCGAUGCGGAAAGACAGGAGCUGGCCUCUCGCAUCCGAGCGAAGAUGCGGGAGGAGAAACUCGCAAAUGCGAGGCUCAUGAAGGCCCCCUUGCCCAAUGUCCAAGGCCAAAUCGUCGACCCCAUCAAGUUCCACGUGGCCCGCAGAACUGUCCGCCAGGCGCGCCUUCUGCAGUCGCAGCUUGAAGAAUUCCUUACGUGGAACUCCGCGGAAGUCCUCCACGGAAUGCUGGGGGGGGCUUCGGUUUCAAUUCACCAUGUCGAACAACAAACCACAAGGUCAACAUGCUAUGUGUUUUUCACUGUGGUGUCAAGACACGACCCCAAGGACGUGGAAGAGAGACUGAACCGUGCAGCGCCACACUUAAGGAUGCAAAUGGCGAGGCGUUUAGAACUUGGCUACACUCCUGCAUUCCGUUUCAUUCAUGCAGAUGAAGAGCUGAACAAGCACAGCCUUUUCAAGCUAAUUUCAAACCCCUCCCCACGUACUGGCAUUUCAAAACAGCAGAAACAGCAAACCAUUGCCAAGGCGUGGGGAGCAACAAUGAAUCGGACUGGCUAA